UUUUAAAGUUUGAGCUCGAAGCAUGCAAACGGGAGCUGGAGAGGAGCAGGAGUCAGGCUCUGCUUCACAGAUAUAAAGAUAAAGGCGCUGAAGCCCCUUCGCGAACCGAGGACACAGCGACGCAGACAGUCUUAUCACAAUCCCUUUUGUUAUGGGAGCCGCCAUCAGACUCCCACAGCAGCCAAAACAAAGCCCCUCAGCACUCUGAAGAUGAACAAGAUGAUGGGGGCCAAGCUAACGUCUCCACCACUGACUCAUUGAGGGCCCAGCUGGAAGGGAGCAUGAAAAGGACGAACCAGCUGCAGCAGCAGGAAACUCCCGCAGUCCAGAAGCUGCAAACACUGGAGCAGCUUCACCCGGUUAAAGGCGAGGAGGCGUCUGUGGAAGGCAGGAAGAAGACGGACCAGCAGCGGAGGAUGGUCACUGAACAGUUAAAGAGUCUGUUCAGAGAGCAAGGAAAGAAAGGAAAAGAAGUUGGAUCACCAGUAAGUCAGACCGGAGCCUCCUCUCCUCAAGACUGGUCCCACACGUCUAAAGUUAAUCCAAUGGACAGGAGGAUCUGGCAGCAGAGCCCCGGUUUGAUGCCAGUGUUUGAGGAGGACGAGGAGGGCAGUGACUGGCCGACAGGGGAGGAGGGAAAACAGGAACCAGAGGCUCAUGCCGAGGAUGACUUCCACAAUCAGAGCGUACAGAUAUCAUCUUUGAGUGAGAAUAUCUGCAAUCUGAAGGCAAAAAAUGAGAAUCUUCUGCAAGCCACACUAACGCACAAUCAACCUUUUGAGGACUUCCCCCCUGCUGCAAAGAAACUGUCAGACAAGACGUGCAGCUGCUCAGAUGAGAUUGACGUGCAUCAGGAAAGACUCCCGACCUUCCUUCCUGACGGAAUAUUCCUGGCUGAGCCUGUGGAUAUAUCAAGCCCUGAUGAAGAUGAAGUGGAGGGAAAGGGAAAAUAAUGGGUUUUGUUAAGACUCCUGCAUGGGUUAAACAUUGCUGUAUACUAUAAAGUGCAAUGAAAUUAUAGACUAGCGUCUACAGGGCGCUUAAAAUGUAUUUUAAGAACUUUACUUCAACAAUUUUAACUUGGUGAUUGCUUAUACCUAUGAUACAGGUUGUAAUAAAAGCCACCAAGCUUUGUUAGGCCAAUGGUUAUUUGUAUGAUGUGAUACGGUUCUAUAUGAUGUGACAUGGAAAUCAUUACAGAUGCACAUGAGAGAAUGUGUAUGUUUUGGUCGUACAAGGUGGGUUGCUUAACCCCAAAAUUCAAGGAACCUAUAUUUCACAUCAAAAUAAGUACAUGCCUAUUUUUUUUUACUUUCUCUUUUGUAAUUAAUGACAAAGUGUAUUUUAGUUACAAAGGCUGCGUAGUAGACAGACCAUUCAGGAAUUAUUGAUAAAGAUCAGUUCAAUUGUCGUCAUGUCCAUGUCGCUCAUGGAAUCACAAAAUUGUAAAGUUUUUACUCACGCUUCACCCUCCAGUCAGCACGUCCUGCAUCGCACCCUCACCUCCGAUUAGGACUGGACGAAGACCUUUGCCUUCUGAAGGGACCUACAUUUAAGUAGGAAUGGGAAAAUUGCAAGCAGGAUUGCAAAGAAAUACAGUUAUUGAUCUAAAUGCAUGUUAAGAUGUGAUUGCAAUCUUGACCUGCACAAUUAUAAACUCAAGCCUGAG